UCGCUGUGUGGAGUGACGAGCGUGUCACCGUGCUGGGGUCGAGACCGGGCGUCGCCCUGAGCCGUCAGUCGCAUCGGACCCACGGAAAGCAACCAGCUGGCGCCAUCCCAGUGACGUCCGUCAGCCAGCGCGCGGCGGCGUGACAUCGCCAUGACCCCGGACGCGUCGUCGUUGCUGGGCCAGGUCACGUGGUCGGACGAGGCGGCGUCGCUGGCCGAACUGCUGCAGCGCCACGAGCUGCCGCUGCUGGUGAAGGUGCAGAAGGGCCAGUACCUGAGCCUGGGCCCGGGCGGCCUCUCCAGCCUCGGCGUGCACAGCACACUGCUGCUGACCUCCGGCGGCCGCCGGCGCCGGCUGCUUGCCCAGGCCGUCAAAUUCAAGGACAGCAGGCGCAUGGUGCCGGUCGGUCAGAAGCUGCUCAUCCCGGACACCUUUGACGGCCUGUUCGAGAUCCUGAGCGAGGAGGGCCGCUCGGUGCGCGCCAUCGAGGGCGUGGCCGAGCUGGCGCGUCUCUUCCCCGACUCGUGCAUCGUGCGCUGCAGCUGCAAGGCUUUCGUCUCCAAGUCGGACAGCGUGGACACGAUCACGGAGCGCACGCGCACGCUGCAGAGCGGUGAGACGCUCGUGCUGGUGGGCGAGGUGGUGCGGCCGCGCGGCCGUGGGCCGGCCCGCUUCCUGCGCUGCUUCGACAGCAGCGGCGAGAACGUCUACCUGCCGCACGAGCUGAAGGCGCGCUUCAGCGCCGUCGCCAAGGAGAGCAGCAUCAGCGGCGUGCACAGUGUCGCCAACCUGCUCAACAAGCGGCUGCCGCUUAACGUUCGGCUGGUGAGCGGUAGGCCGGCCGAUGGCUCUCGGCUGGCGGUGCCCGAGCUGCGGCUGCACACCACCUUCGAGCAGGAGCUGGUGCUCGGCCUGCCGCUGCACAAGGACAGCGUGGUGGUGGCCAUGCCGCCGACGCAGCUGGCGCGCACGGCCGAGUUCGGCCGUCUGUGCGACCGCGCCGCGCAGGUCUGGCUGCACUCAGCCGACCGCAUCCAGCCGUUCGACGUGGCGCUGCCACGUGACCCGCGCCUCGACGGCAAGAAGGCGGCGGUGCGGCCGCUCGGCCGAGAAGCCGACCCGUGA